AUGAAGGCUACUUUGCUGCUUGUGGCAGCCGUCGGCUUGGCUGUUCCAAUCAGGUCUUUUGAAGUCAAAGUCGUAGGCAGAAGUCAAAAAAGCCAAAGUCAGAACCAACUUCAAAUUCUUUUGAAGUCAAUGUCAGAACCAACUUUCUACGUCGCACAGGAAAGACAGUCUAACCGGAGACAUCAAACUCAGAGAGGUAGUUAUCUAGAACAACCAAACCGAUACCAGAACCAAUUUAGCUCUGAAAAUCAAUUCAAUUUUGGAUCAAUCAAGUUCCAGCAGCAAGGCAACCGACCAACUUCCGGGUUCCCUUCUCACCAAGUCAAGUAUGACAAUUUUGGAAACCCCAUCAGACAACAAUUUAGCACUCAAAACCAAUUCACUCAACCUUCCGGUGGCAGAUUCUCGGCUCAGCCUGGAGCUGGCAGCUCGUUCACGCAGUUUGGCCAGUUUGGGCAAUCGCAACCACCAAGUCAAUUCGCUGGGUCCACUGCCAGCCAAUUUGCUCAGCCAAGCCGCUUUGCUCAGCCAAGUAAAUUUGUUCAACCGAGCCAAUUUUCUCAGCCAUUUAGACAACAACAUAGUCAAUUUGUAAGCACACCAACUGGCCAGAUCGCGCACUCAAGCCAAUUUCCCCAAACAUUCAAUCAAUUCGGUCAACAAGCAUCAAACCGAUUGGCCCAAGCCCAGUUUAGAGCCCUAAACUAUGCUCCUGUACGUCAGGUCAGCCAAGUCAAUCAAAUAGGCAUUCAGUUUGGAAACCAGCCUAUUGGAUUCCAGCAGGGAUCGCCUUCUUUCGGCAACCAGUUCAGCCGGCAGCAACAAGCCAAUUUCCAGAGCACGGGUAGCAGCAUCUCUGGUCGGCAACAGACUGCGCCCUUUGGAAGCGUUCAGCAGCCGAAUAAUUUUGCGGGAUGA